AUGGCAAUCUCGAACUUGCUUGAUACUCGUCGCCGACAAAGUGUGCGAAGCCUUUGGGGCGCACACAAAUCCACUCCUUCUCAUAGUCACCAGAAUCCGUCUUCUGCCGCAUCCACCACAUCGGACAGCACCGGAUCUCCUACAUCUGACAAUCCAGGAAACAGACCGCGGCUUCGGUUCCGGUUGACUCGCAGUGGCUCAAAAUUACUUCUUUUGCUAGGACUUGGGGAUUCUUCCAACGGCAAUAAGUUGGGCACUGAGACCCAGUCUACAGGCGGCAGCCACAGCGCCCAGACUGAUCAAGACGCCUUUGCCGCACCUGACUUAGAGUGCUGUAUUUCCGGCCUUCAGGUGAACGAUGACUUCCCUGUCACGGGGAUUUCGAUCUCCAGUUCUUCCUCUGCGGUCGUUUCCUCUCGCGGUGUUCAUCAGGGGCCAAAUGAAGCUUGUGCAGUCAUUAGUCCAACUAGACCAUCCGUCACAGCGGCAGGAUCGUGGAAGUCCAGCGAGAUGGAGGCUCAGGAACGCGUUGCGCCCAGGGUCUCUUGGCCAUUCGGAAAUGCGACAGUCGUGCGUCGGCAGAACUUGCGUAAGAAGCCCGAGGCAACAAUCACAAACAAUCGUAUCACCUCGAUCAUUCACGCCGAUGGAGAUGGAGCCAGUGAUGCUAGCUCGGGUCCCUCGACCAAUCCAAGCAGCGGUGGCUUUGCGACUCUUUACUCCGCGUCCUCAUCUCCAUUGACGUCUGGGGGCCCAUCUCCGAACCAGUGCACCACCUCCGAUAGGGCAUUGAACUUCGGCCCCUCUUCAUAUUCGGAUCGCCACUUAGUUCAAAGCACAAACAAGAAUCCCGUCGAGACCAUACCGACGAUCGUGACCGCUGAAGCCGCAUCCGUCGCGAAAGUCUAUCUUGAGCUUUAUUUUAACUCAAUAUUCCAGAACGAAGACUCCCGUACCCAGCGAAUGAACGAGUUGGAGCACCAUCUCGACAUCGUACAUUUGGAUCCCGAAGCAGAGAACGGAGCGAGGCGGAAGUGGGCUAUUCACGAGAAUGAGUAUUUGCGUCAAUGCCGCAUGUUCAAAACACGUAUGGGGACCUUGGACACUCACCGGAAAGUCUGUGCUGAGGCAUAUGAGACCAUCAAAACCCUCGGCAAAGGCAGUUUCGGUGAGGUUCGUCUUGUACGGGAGAAAAACGAUCAGACGUUGCAUACCGACUCGAGCAGCUUCCGUGAUGCAAGUCCUUGCGCCCGGAGUAAACGCACCAAGGUGAAUGGAACUACGGCAGGCGACACAAAGCACAACAAGCGCAAGUAUUUGAACGGUGAGAAGACGGGAUAUUACGCAAUGAAAGUCAUCAAAAAGUCCGAUAUGGUUCGAAAUUGCCAAGAGGGCCAUGUCCGAGCUGAGAGAGACUUCUUGGUUGUCGCUGCGAGGUCCCGCUGGGUAGUACCGUUGAUUGCCAGUUUUCAAGAUGAAAGCUUCUUGUAUCUGGUCAUGGACUACAUGGUAGGCGGGGACUUUCUCGGUCUUCUGAUUCGCAAGAACAUAUUGUGCGAAGAAAUGACUCGUUUCUACAUCGCCGAAAUGGUUUUGUGCAUUGAGGAAGCCCAUCGGCUGUGCUGGAUCCACCGUGAUAUCAAGCCUGACAACUUUCUUCUUUCAGCAUCUGGGCAUUUGAAAAUCUCCGAUUUUGGGCUUGCAUUCGAUGGGCAUUGGUCCCACGAUCAAGCCUAUUACAACAACCAUCGAUACUCUCUUCUCGAGAAGCUUGGAAUCACAAUUAAAGGCGACUCAGAAGACCAAAAAGAAGCUGCCGAGGCAAAGGAGCAGCUCGGGUUUGACGCCGGCCAACUGGAGCGAGGCGUCUUUCCAACUUACCAGCUGCCUCCAACGGACAUUCUAGAGUGGCGCGACCAAAGAGAGCGCAGACGGUUCGCAAAAAGCGUGGUGGGUACAAGUUCAUAUAUGGCGCCAGAAGUCAUCCGAGGCGAAAUGUAUGAUGGGAGAUGCGACUGGUGGAGCCUGGGUGUCAUCGUGUAUGAGUGUCUGUACGGAUACACGCCGUUCGCAUGCGAAACCCGUUACGACACCAAAAUGCGCAUUCUCCACCAUUCGCGAACCCUACAUUUCCCGAGAGACACACCAACAGAGAGACUUAUCUCUCGGGACGCUGUCGAUCUCAUCUUCAGAUUGCUUCAAGAAAGGGAAUACAGGCUAUGCUCACCCCAAUAUUGUGCCAACAAUAUAUUGAUCGGUCACGCACCAUCGGCUGAUUGGCUUUACACUAUGGAUCCUCGAUAUCAAAACUGCACCAGUUUCUGGGUGUAUCCAGAUGACGCUACUGACAUCAAAUCGCACCCGUUCUUCAGAGGCAUUCCUUGGGAUCACCUUCAUUUGACUCAUCCGCCUUAUGUUCCGCGAGUGAAGAAUUGGGAAGACACUCGUUACUUUGCAGACGAGGCAUCUGACGCGCCUGAGAAGCUACUCGACGAUAGUGAAUCUGAACACGAUGAAACUACCUCGACCGGUCCUGCAACUACGAAAGAUGUAACUUUUCCUUCCAUUGACAUGCUCGCGGACGAGCGUCCGGUACCAGAAGGCAACCAAGUCUUUCCCGGUGCUGCUGUCAAAAGUGAUACAGCUGUCCGUUCCGUUGAUAUGCUUGCAAAUGAACUUUCUGUGCCAGGAGUCAACACAAUUUUCCCGGGGUUUCCAGCUGACAAGGCUACACCUACCAAAUGUGGUCCAUUGAGCCAAGCGCCCAAAAAGAAAAAAUGCAAGGAACGCCCGCGAGACAAAAUUCUGCGAGACUGUCGAGUCGGCAAGACAGCCAUGCAGGUUCGCAAAAGAGGUGCCUUUCUUGGAUAUACCUAUCGUCGACCAAAAGGCCCGGCCUCAGCGCUAUGGAGCGAGCGAGGUCGACAGCUACCUACCAGAGGACCACUCGCUGACUUUUAUGCUUUAUGA